AUGUCUCGAAAAAAUUUAUUCAGUCAUCAUAAUGUAUAUCGAUCAUCUUCUUUAUUUAGUACAUUAAUAACCAUGCUUAAAGUUUGUAGUUUUAUUUUACUUUAUUGGCUUUGUUCAAUAUCAUUAACAUUUUUUAAUCGACAUUUAUUUCGUGAUUAUAAAUUUCCACUUUCAAUAACAACAUUACACAUGGCAAUUAAAUUAUUAUUUUCUGCACUUAUUCGUUGGUUUUUACAUAAAUUUUGUUAUUGUUCAUUUUGUACAACAUUAUGUGGACGACAUCAAAAUAAUGAUAGAGAACGUGUAAAUUUAACAUGGCCAAUAUUAUGGCGAAAAAUUGCACCUACUGGUAUAACUGCUUCACUUGAUAUAAGUUUAUCUAAUUGGUCUUUACAAUAUAUAACUAUUUCACUUUAUAGUAAGUAG